AUGACUGCAACAGAUAUUGGCUCUUCUAACGAGCCUAAUGGGCAGGCCCAACAAAUCAACGGUACUAAUAGAACCUUUGCUCAGCUACAAAUUAUUGAUGAAAACCAGCACUUCACAAAAGAAUUACCAAAAUGCAUGAAAGAUGAAUGGGAACUUGCUGACUGUGGUUUCAACUAUAAUUUAGUGGCUGUCUUUGGAUCACAAAGUACCGGGAAGAGUACAUUAUUAAACAGACUCUUCGGGACAAAUUUUGAUGUUAUGAGUGAAACUGCUCGCCGUCAAACUACCAAAGGAAUUUGGAUGAGUCGUGGCAGAGGUAUGAAUGUAUUGAUCAUGGACGUUGAAGGUACUGAUGGCCGUGAACGUGGUGAAGACCAGGAUUUUGAAAGAAAGAGUGCAUUAUUUUCUAUGGCUACGUCCAAUGUUAUCAUUGUUAAUCUUUGGGAACACCAAGUUGGCCUUUAUCAGGGUGCUAAUAUGGGCCUUCUGAAAACCGUGUUUGAAGUGAACUUACAAUUGUUCCAAGCUGCACGAGGUAAAGAAAAAGAAAAGACUUUACUGCUCUUCGUAAUUAGAGACCAUGUCGGUGCAACACCAUUGGCCAACUUGUCGAAUACUUUAACGGCUGAUUUAGAAAGAAUUUGGGAUGGUGUUUCUAAGCCUGAAGGUUUAGAGCAUUGUAUUAUUAAAGAUUACUUUGAUUUUAUGUUCACCACGUUACCCCAUAAACUUCUCUUACCAAAAGAGUUUGAACAAGAGGUUAUCAAAUUACGAGAACGGUUUAUUAAUCCAAACAAUAAAGAUUUUGUUUUCAAAUCAAAUUACAACAAAAGAGUUCCUGCUGAUGGUCUUCAUGUUUAUGCAGAAGGCAUUUGGGAUCAAAUUAUGUCAAAUAAAGACCUUGAUUUACCAACACAACAGGAACUUUUAGCCCAAUAUCGUUGUGAUGAAAUAGCAUCUGUCGCUUUUGAGAAUUUCUUGGGAAAAAUCAAGGGAUUCAGACAACCUAUUGAAGUUGGCAAAAUUAUCGAUGAUCUAGGGCCACAAAUGGAAGAAAUUCGAAAUGCUACUAUUAAGCAAUUCGACAAAGAUGCGUCCCGAUAUCACUCUGAUGUGUAUAACCGUAAACGACAAGAAAUUCUUCAAAAAGCAAAUUCUCAAUUACGUGUAUUUUUCCUUGGUCAAUUAAAAAAUCUCACAAAGAAAGCCAUAAAUACAUUCAGUUCUAGUGUUAAGGAAAAAUUGAAAGGAGAAUACGAUUUCGCUGAAGUUGUCAGUAAUACUCGUGAUGAGGUCGAGGAACUUUUCACAUCUGGAGCUCAAGCCAUUCUUUUGUCCGGCACUGAUUGGACUUUUGAAGAAGAACUUACUCAAUUGAGAGAUUCCAUUAACGAAAUUGCGGCGAAAUCACGUACUGAAGAAACGAAAAAAAUGAUUAAUGCAUUAGAGAAAUCGUUUCAAUCGCAAAUCAACGAAUUCGUUUCUCUAUACUUCAAAACGCCAACUCAGGAUAUGUGGUGCAAGACUAUUAGAAAGUUUCACCAAAUUCUUACUAAUGUUGAGCAACAAUUAUUGAAACGUUUAAAGAGUUUUAACGCUACUGAAGAAGAGAAUAUAGAGGCUGUUUCCAGCCUUCGUAAGCGUUCCUGGCUGCAGUUGCGAAAGAAAAUUGAUGAUGAACUUGCAGAUAACAUGUUUUUACUUAAAUUACGUGAGAGAUUUGAAGAAAAAUUCCGGUAUGAUGACGAAGGUUUACCAAAAGUAUGGAAACCAGAUGAUGAUAUAGAUGCGCAUUUCCGGACGGCCAAGGAGGAGGCAAUCAAACUUAUACCUUUAUUUGCCUCAAUUCAAAUUCCUGAUGACGUAGAAUUAGAUAUUCCAUCAGACGAAGAGCUCGAUUUUGAUAAUUCGUUGACAAUUCUUACCGAGACCCGGCAGCAUGAUUUAUCAGUUCGUUUCAAACGAGAGUCCGACGCAUUCUAUCUCGAAGCGAAACUUAUACUCGGUUGGAAUGAAUUCAUAUCCAUUAUUACAUCACCAACAUAUCUUAUAAUCACUUCUUUCUUUGGAAUUAUUGGAUACAUAAUCUGGUUACUAAACCUUUUUGGACCAGUCGAAACUUUCUGCUAUAUGAUUGGAUCAGAAAUAAUCAAAAUUGGAAAAGAACAAAUCAAGAAUGGUAUUCAUAAUAGAGCACCACCUGCAUUAGCACAAAAAAUUGACUCUGUGUUAGGUAAUACUGACAGUAUAAAAAAAGAGCAAUAA